AUGAAGACCGCGCGAGAACACGGAUUUUCGUGGAAAGGUGACUUCUUCGUUGACAAUGGCACUUUCCCGCGGACCGCAGUCCCAGAGGAGGAGGCGACGAUGGCAAAGUAUGCUCGCCUGGAUAUGAUAUGGAAGUAUCACGGGCGUCCGCAGGGCAUCUUCAGCACCGAUGAGUACCUGGCUGGUCUACAUCCCUCUCGUGGUACAGAGUUCUGUGCAAGCGUCGAGGCAAUGUUCUCACUUGAGAUGAUGUAUGCCACACUGGGAGACCCUGCGUGGGCUGACCUCACCGAGAAGAUCGCCUACAAUGCUAUGCCUGCUCAGAUCACAGCCGACUGGUGGUCGCAACAGUAUCUGCAUCAGACCAACCAAAUUUGGGUUGGCAACCACACCGAAGGCGUGCCCUGGACGGACAAUAACAUUCGUGGAAUUAUCAGCGUUUACAAGUUUUCCAAAGGCACGGUCAAUCAUCCACAAGGAUGGCCCAAAUUCUGGAGCAAUAGUUUCCUUCUGGCUGACAACGGCACGGCACUUGUACACGCGCUUCUGGGCCCUGCGACACUCGGGACCACUCUGGGCAAUGCAGUCGAUACGAACGUCACCGUCGACACAUUAUACCCCUUCGGCUCACUUUUCUCGUACACGAUCGCUUCAUCCGCUCCGUAUACGUUCUACAUUCGCAUUCCCGGCUGGGCAAAUUCGGAGAGCUACAUCAGCGUCGAUGACCAAAAUGCCGUGCCGUUAUUUCCCCAUGCAAAGAGUGUGACGACCAUUAAGUUAAACCUCGGAAUGGACAUCGAGGUCGAGCGACGGUCCAACAAUAGUAUCGCAGUCCACCGUGGGCCGCUCUUUUAUGCGGUCGACCUGGCCCACAACGAUACGACAACGUCUGCUCUGAGGUAA